AAAAUCGAGCGCACCUACGCUUCUCCUACGACACAUCCGUCGUUGCGCUUUAGCAUGUAGCUCCCCGGAAACACCAACCAAAGGUUCCGGCUGCUGCUGCCGGCAGUGUCAACUGCAGCAGAAAGGAAAGUGACAGUCAUAGUUUCUACACGAACAAGCACACCGUAGAGGUCAGUGACGUCAAAAGCAGAGCACAACAACAGCGAUGAAACAGCUGAAGCAGUUCAGACAUUAAAGCGUGUUCAGCGAAGCUCACGCAUUCACCACGGAGCUGAACGUAACCGGAUGAAUCCAAACUCACCGGAACUGAAACGUUAUGGAACCGUGAAGUGAUCUCAAUGUUUUAACCCGAACUUAAUGUCACGGAACAACGACAUCUGCUCAUCCACUUUCGUCGUAUCACUUUGGAGGAAGACAGUUAUUUUCGUGACUGCUAGAAGAAGACAUUUAAUCCACGAACAACAGAGAGUCGUCAUGUUCAGUUUCCUCGGACUGCGAAAAGAUAAUAAGAAGUCAACAUCUGAGAAGGAGGCAGAUGGAGGCUUUGUCAUCAUCGGUUAUAAACCAGGAGAAACAGUUGAAGAACAGAGGAGGAACAUGCAGAGCAUGAACAUCGCACAUCCGUCGACAAACGUCAUAGUGCAGCCUUCAAAGUCAUCCUACACACCUUCACCUCAACAUGGCAACAGAGAGCUCCAUAUACCUUUACCCACAAUAGGGCAGGCACCAGGGCCCUCAGCAGCGGAAACUGCUUCGACUCUUCCGGAUGUCCUUGGAGACGUCCCCUUCACUUUGGCUCCUCAUGUCCUGACUAUGCAGGCAGGAUUCCAGCUCAUUCCUGAUGUGCUGCUGUCCCGGGACAUAAACUACAACCUGGCCAAUUUUCAGUAUGACUUCACUUUAGAGAACUCAGUGCUCCAUAAUCCCUAGUUUGAUCGAAUGUUGAUAUCAGGAGCUGUCAACAAGAGUGGGGAACUUAGCAGAUUGUUGGCUAUGUGAGAAGUUCCAGCGCUACAACCUAUUGAACAAGUAAAUGAGAUUCUGUAGAAUUAAAAAGAAUUAAACUCUGACUAAAAUGACAUGAAAACACACACAAGAUUUUGAUUUGAAAAGCAUUGAAAUGAUGAGGAUGACAGGGUCUAACUUAAUUGCUUUGUUGGAACAGAAUGGCCCUGUUCCCUGUUGUGUUGCUCCCAGUGUGAAUACAAGGAGUACAGUGUGUUAUAAUCAUGUUGUCUCACUGUUAACAGGAUAGUUAUGGGUUAUUACAACUUGGGUCAAUAACAUUUCACUUACCAAGACAGUUGCUGACAUUGCUCACAAAAAGUAAGACAGGUCAAAUUUGAACCAAGACAUUGUCCAACAAACUAUGAUGGGUAGUUUACCAAGGAUAGUCUUGGUAAUAAUUUUACUUUCCUCUUUUCAAUAAUCUACUUAUUAGAUGUCCUUCUGGGUUUGGUUAUUAUCAAAAUGUAUGUACAAAGUUAAAUUCCUCUCUCUAAUGUAGCUGAGUAUCUAAAUCUGUCAUGUUUUUUGUUGUUAUUACAAGUAGAUACAAAGAGCUGUAGCCAAUAUGUGGUAUUAGCUUGACAAGGUAACAGUGGCAAACGAUGAAUGUAUAUAAAGAUGGACUACGCGCGAGUAAAAAAUAAAUUAAGCCAAAAUGUCCUGGUAAUGGAUGCUGCUAUCUUGUUCUAGUGACAUAAUUAUGUGAAACUGUAGUCUAAAGGUGAUACAUGUGCUUGGCCGAUCAUGAGUCAGUCUCAUCUGUCAAUAAUGACAUUUCAGUUUUUAUAGCAUCAAAUAAUUAAUUAAACUUUAUCAGAAACAUGAAUAUUGAACAAACAUCAGUGUGAUAAGAACUACUUAAAAUGACAGAGACGAUCUUUGGAAAAACUAGUUUGAGGUGUCCAUGCCUCAUUUACUAAAAUGGAGGGGGCGGGGUUGAGACCUGCACUGCAGCCAGCCACCAGGGGACGAUAGAGAUGAUUUGGCAUCGCUUUUGGGAACUGUCAUGUUUGUCUAUCUUUAAAUACGGUCAUCGGAAGCAAAGCAUGAAUGUAGUCAUUGGUUCUCGGGUCAAGUUUAGGUCUUAAAUUUGGCAGUGGCAGUCAUGUUCAGAUAAGUUCGGUUGUAAAGACGUGUUGGAGCUGGGUUUACGUCCCAGUGUUAGAUUUGCACUACUGACUUUUGUCUCAUGUCCAGACUUCAGCCUCCAUGUUGCCACAAUGUGAGCGCUGUUGUUUUAUUACUGGUACACAGGGUGACCCAAACUAUAAAGAUAAGACCCAAGUUGUACGAAAUUAGAAUUAUCCCUGAAGUAAAGGUUGAGAAGUUACUACAUACUGAUCCAUAGUCCUUGAGCUGUGAGCUAUGUAUUGAUUAUACCAGGUCAUUUCAAAAGCUAUGAGAAAAAGCCUGCUUUAUUUGAGCUCAUUUGAUGCUGUGGCUCGGCAUUUGGACAACUCUUCAAUAGAGUCACUUGAUAGAAACAACUAAUUCAUGCAGCUCUCUCGGGUCAACAAUGUUUGAGCUGCAACAAUCGAGGAUUGUCUGAAUGAAAAAUGUAUUUUUUUUACUUACUUCAGCUUCUGUGUCUUCUGUCAUAAUUUAAUAUGAUGCCAUUGCCUUUUAUAUAUUUGACAUGAUAUGAGGUAGCAACACUACUUGCAACGAUCAACAUUUUUGUGUGUUUUCAAUCCCGUUCAUGAAUAUGGCCUUCCUUUUGAUCCAUCAUAUAUUUUUCUACCAUUAUUACAAGGUUGCAUUAUCUGCAUUUUCCUUUAGUCUUUCCUUUUACGUGUUUAUGGAACACACUGUUCAUGAGAGGGAAGGUGAAGGGUAAAAUAUACUCAUGAUUAGUUCCGACCACGCUCAAUAUACUGGUGUUCAGAGUGAAUCUCUCACAAACGAAACUGAAAUAACUCUUUUUACAUGUUGGAAAACUGAAUGUUGUGAAUAGCACGAGCCCCAUCUCUAAAUGGUACCGAACAGUCAUGUGGAACUGCAUAUCAUGUGAAGUCACUUGCUGUUUGUGUAGGUAAAUUUAAGUUUUUACCAUGUAUUCUUUUAACUUAACAUUAGUAAAUAGACUUUGUGCCACUCUCUGCAUGUGUCUCCCAUCGUCUUUCAGCUCAUCAACUCACUGAUAAGUCUCUAUUGUGCUCAACUUACAUGAUAAGUGUGAUAAGUUGUGCUGUGUUAGAGUCUACAUUUGACAGAUUGUGGUGGAAUGAAUACAUCUUAGCUAUCUUUUGUGCUUUGUUGUUGAUACAUACUGUAAAAAUACAGGGGUUAGUUUUUAGUUUGUCUUAAAUCUGUACCUCCUGGUUUGAACCAUGGUCUCAGCAGAGUACAUGAAGCUGGAUGAACUGACAUCUUAACCGUUGUAUUGUCCUUUGUUCUGACUUAGUUUGAUAAACAUUUAAACUCAGCACAGAAUUUUUUUGCAGAGUGAGCUGUACUGUGCAGCAAUACUGUGUUUACACCUCUGAUUGUUUAUACAUGAUCAAACUGGGUCUCUUAAAACCUGUUGUGCCUUUAAUAUGCAGCCCAUACCAUUCGAAUUGUACCUUUCCCUCUCACUAAUAUGUCACUAAAAUAAGUUCAUGCUGGUAUGGUAUUCUCCUGGUUGUAACUGUGGAAGGCAACUUACUUUACAAAUAAAUUUGAAGAAGGA